AUGGCUUCCUCCAGCAGUCUCCUGUCUGAGGAGCAGUUCCAGUGUUCUAUCUGCUUGCACAGGUACGAACCCUGUCUGGAUGUGUUCACUGAUCCUGUCUCUACUCCAUGUGGACACAACUUCUGUAUGACCUGUACCAAAGGACUCUGGGACAACAGCGACCCUUGUAAGUGUCCAAUGUGUAAGAGGCAGUCUGAGAAGAGACCAGAUCUCUUCGUUAAUAGAGUGCUGGGUGAUUUAACUGCUCAGUUCAAGAAGUCAGUUGAGGUGAAGGCCAGCAGUAUCCCACAGACACCUACUGUUAAAACCAGAGAUGUUUCAUGUGACAUCUGCACAGAGGAGAAACUUGUUGCUCUGAAGUCCUGUCUGAUGUGUCUGACCUCUUACUGUGAGACUCACCUGGAGCCUCAUCAGAGAGUCUCAGCCUUGAUGAGACACAAACUGAUUGAUCCUGUGGAGAAUCUGGAGGAUUAUAUCUGUGAGAGACAUGAGAGACCCCUGGAGCUGUUCUGUAGAGAUGAUCAGACAUGUGUAUGCCAGUUCUGUACUGAGGGAGAGCACAGAACUCACAAUACUGUUCCCAUAGAGAAGGAGAGUGAGAGGAGGAAGACUCAGCUGAGAAAGGUACAGACAGAAGUGCAGAAAAUGAUCCAGGACAGACUGAAGAAGAUCCAAGACAUCAACAAGACAGUAAAACUCAACAAAAAAAACACAGAGAAAGAGAAAGCAGAUGUUGUUAGGAUCUUCACUGCUCUUAUGAGAUCCACUGAGAGAGCGCAGGCUAAGUUACUUGAGGAGAUGGAGGGGAAACAGAAAACAGCAGAGAAGGAGGCUGAAGGAGUCAUUAAGGAACUGGAGCAGGAAAUCAGUGAUUUAAAGAGGAGAGACACUGAGCUGGAGCAGCUGUCACAUGCUGAAGACCUCCUCCACCUCCUACAGAUUUACCCAUCUGUGUACAGCCCUCCCCACACCAAGGACUGGACCGACAUCAGUAUUAAGACUGCUGUGAGUGUGGACACUCUGAGGAGAUCUCUGACUCAGCUAAAGGAAUCAUUUAACAAGACAAUGGAGAAGAUAACAGAGAUGGAACUAAAGAACAUUCAGCAGUUUGCAGUGGAUGUCACUCUGGAUCCUGAUACCGCAUAUCCUAAACUCAUCCUGUCUGAAGAUUUGAAACAAGUGACAUAUGGAGACACACGACAGAAUCUCCCUGACAACCCAGAGAGAUUUGAUGCAUGUAAUUGUGUCCUGGGAAAGGAGGGGUUCUCCUCAGGGAGAUUUUAUUAUGAGGCACAGGUCAGUGGGAAGGCAAAAUGGGAUUUAGGAGUGGCCAGAGAGUCCAUUAACAGAAAGGGAGAAAUUAGACUGAACCCUAAGAAUGGAUACUGGACUGUAUGGCUGAGGAAAGGGAAGAGGUAUGAGGCUCGUGCUGAUAUCCCUGUCCUCCUCUCUCUGAAACAGAAACCCCAGAAGGUGGGGGUGUUUGUGGAUUAUGAGGAGGGUGUGGUCUCCUUUUAUGAUGUGGAGGCCAGGUCUCACAUCUACUCUUUCACUGGCCAGACUUUCACUGAGAAACUCUAUCCAUACGUCAGUCCUUGUAAUAAUGAUGAAGGUAACAACUCAGCUCCACUGAUCAUCACUCCUCUCAAGCAUACUGAAUUAGUUUCUGCAACAUUUUUAAAUGUAGUUUUACAGUGA